GUGUCCCCGCAGGGCCCCACUCCCUGCGCUACUUCUACACUGCGGUGUCGGAGCCCAGCCCGGGGGUGCCCCAGUUUGUGAUUGAGGGGUACAUGGAUGGGAACCUCAUCUUACGCUACGACAGUGAGACGGGGAGGAUGGUGCCCCGGGCGGACUGGAUGGCGGCCAACCUGGACCAGUGGUACUGGGACACCCAGACCCAGAUCGCACAGCAUAAUCAGCAGGUUGAUCGCAUCAACCUGGAGAUACUGCGGGGCCGCUACAACCAGAGCGAGGGGCUUCACGUGCGGCAGCGCAUGGUUGGCUGUGACCUCCUGGAGGAUGGUCGCACCAGGGGGUAUUAUCAGAAUGCCUACGAUGGGAGGGAUUUCAUUGCCUUGGACAUGGACACGAUGACGUUCACCGCGGCGGAUGCGGCGGCACAAAUCACCAAGAGGAAGUGGGAGGAAGACGGGACUGUCGCUGAGCAGCGGAAGAACUACCUGGAGAACACCUGCAUCGAGUGGCUGAGGAAACACGUGAGCAACGGGCGGGCUGUGCUGGAGAGGAAAGAGCGCCCCACGGUGCGAGUGUCGGGGAAGGAGGCCCACGGGAUCCUGACCUUGCACUGCCGCGCUUACGGCUUCUACCCGCGGCCCAUCACCGUCAGCUGGCUGAAGGACGGGGAGGUCAGGGACCAGGAGACGGAGCGUGGGGGCAUCGUGCCCAACAGCGACGGCACCUACUACACCUGGGCCUCCAUCGAGGCCAACCCGGGGGAGAAGGACAAGUACCGGUGCCGCGUGGAGCACGCCAGCCUGCCCGAGCCCCAACUCUACGUGUGGGAGACGGAGUCCAACCUGGUGGCCAUCGUGGCGGGGGCGGCUGUUGCUGCAGUCCUGGUUGUCGCUGCCAUCUGUGGAUUCGUCAUGUGGAAGCAGAAGUCAGGGAUGAAGAAGAAGGGCUACGGCGUGGCGUCAGGCACGGACGGGGGCUCUGACUCCUCGGCCACAGGGAUCACUGCCUGAUGGCUGUCAGAGGGACCGGCGUGUGGAUGGAUGUGGCUCCUGCCCUCUCAUCACAUGGAGGCAGAGCGGUGCUGGGAGGGGCUGGGAGCUGCCAGCAGAGAGAGCUUGUCCCCCUGCCCCCCGCCACAGGCCGCUGUGGUUGUGGGUUUUCUUGCCAAUUGCUGUUUUCUGAUUCUUUUAAAUUUUGGGCAACGCAAUUACUAACAAUGUUAGAAUUUUGAGGUGGUAACUGGUUUCUGCUGCGUAUGUACCUUUCCUGGCAGCACAAUAAAUGCUGAUUGCACGAGUUCUGGAGAAGCAGGAGUCCUCUCUUUUGGCCCAGCUGGACACAGAUAGUGAAUGCACAUGAAGAAAGUCUCCAGAGGCUUUUGGAGGAGGCCUCCAACCAA